AUGGCCACAGGAAAAGCUACACUUGAGAUUUUUGACACCAUAUCAGAUAUCCAUGCAGCUGCUUUCAUGUGAUGAACAGGGGACUCAGAGCUGAUAUCUGAACAGGAUCUGAAAGCUGCAGCCAUGUCACAGAGCUGCUGUUGUGAUACCAAAUAUUAACAGUACAGACAGAGCGUAAAUAACUUCUUUUUUUCUUCUUCAGAGAAUCAGCUUGUACUGACACGGGUGUUUUGGGUGUGGUGAAGACUAUCCUACAAAGUGCAGCAGCAGGUUUUGCUUUUGGAGAAGCUGCAUUAUUUGCAGUUGGGCCCACACUGACUGAAGAUGGCGUCCUGCUGACUGCUGCGACACUGGCGGCUGGACGAGCCGGUUCCACGGGUGUCGGGGUGGUGACGGCAUGCCUCGUGUUCACUUCAGUGCUCAUUUCUCUGGGAAGUGGUUUCCUCCUCGCUGCCAUGGUGAUGAAGCUCUGGACCAAAGUUGGUGUGAGGUUGCCGUGGUUAGUGGAGCCCACAAUAGGAGCCUCCGUUGUGGUGGGUGCUGUCACUACUGGAGUGUUAGUGGGCAUCCUUCCACUAUGGAUCUACAUUGCUGCCCAAGGCAUUCUGGUCCUUGUAGUCUACUCAUACUCCAAUAUUAACGACAUGACCACAGCUCUGUUAAUCAUCUUCACCACUCUGUACCUCAGUGUCAUAUAUGGACGAAUGGGUGCCAUAGUUGGACUCUUCGUCAUGGGAUUGACCAUCUCUGUGCUUUGUGCCCUUCGAAAGGCUCUGACAGAGAGAAUGACACAAAGACCAAAAUCUAGAACCGGGUGCAAACUUUUGGAGAGGAUAUUCUUCUACUCUGUUUUUGUGGGGAUACUGGGAUUUUCAGUAGGUUUAGGGGCAGCUCAAGCAGGAGAGGGGUCUGAAGCUGAGGUGGUUUUGAUGCUGCAGUCUGUCCUCUGGGUGUCGUUUCUAUCUGCAGGUCUGCUAGGAGCUGGCCUGGGAACAGUGGCCACGGUCGGGCUGGGGCAAGAGGUGGCUGGAAAGGUCGCUGUAGGAGCUGCUAUAAUAUCAUCAGUGGCCCUGAGAGCCGUUCUGCAGUCGAGCUCUUCUCUAGGGACCCGAAGCAGCACGGGGGGAACGUUAGGAGCAGCUACAGCUGCAGGGGUGUCACUCGGCGCUGCAAGCGUUGCAGCAAAACAGGCGUUCGGGUCUAGAAAUGCAGCUCUAACAGUUUUAGGUUCAGUUGUUGUUGGUGUAAUUCUGGCAAUGCAAGGUGUAGCACUGACAGCAACUCUGCUGACAACAUCAGAACUUAUAACAAUUACCCUUGUUGCAGUGGGGGCAUUUGUUCUGGGUGCGCCAAAGAGCCCGUUCCACACUCAGGUGAAUCUACAAAGGGGCCUUCUCACGGGGCCCGAGCUAAUUCAAGGCAUCGGCAUGGAGACGGUCACCGCAGCAGCAGCACCUAUUGGAGCCGGGGCACUUGGGGCCGCAGCGCUGGGUACCGCAGCUCUGGGGAGGCUGGGGACUGUGGGAGUUCUGGUGGCUAUAUUGUUGGCUUUGGGGGGUACUCUUAGCGGCAUGAUAGGAAAAUUACCACCAACAACAAGCGCACACAGAGACUGAUUGACCCCUGAGUUUAGAGCUGUCUCCUGCUGGACACCAGCGUGUCUGAACACAAGACAAAACAAUAAAGAAGAGAGACAAUUUGUGUGCAUCUGCAUAUGUGUGUAUGUGAGUAGAUAGAUGUGUUUGCCUUAUUGCAAGUCUACACUGACAUAAUGCCAUUUAAAUUUGAGCUUAAAUUUAGCCUACCAUGCCCUUUUUCACAUCUACUGAUUUUUUUUUUAUAUAUACAUACAUACAUAAAAAGCACAUUUGAACAAACAUGACAGUCGUGUCUUAAACAUGUAUUAUUGUGACUACCAGUGUUGCAUAAAAUGGAUGAUAAAUGUUAA